AUGAAAGCAGAUGGCAAUACAUUUUUGUCUAUCCAAGACAAACGGACCUAAGUCACAAGAUACUCGUACGUUGCACUCAUCAGGGUGCGAUAUGUACCUACAUCAAUGUUAUAGAGGCACUUCUUUUUGUGAUAAGUUGAAUUAUUUAGCAAUGGAUAUAGUCGCAUUUGUUUAUUGUUGACUUUGCCAAAAGAGAGUUAAGAUCAAUAAUUUUGGUUCGACUUUUGAGCAACAAAUGGCCAAUAAACUCGUUGUAGAAUGUCCUAGUGCAGAUCUAAAGGAGGCCGCUCACUUUAAAAAAAUGAGCAGCGUGUGGUGGGACUUGAAGGGAGAGUAUCAUGGUCAGUACCUUUACGAUUCAAACGUAGUACCAUACAUGGUGGAAGAGAUCAUUAACUCUGGAUUGCUCGAUAUAAAAUACGCUGAGAGUGAGAAACCAUUUACAGGAUUGAAGAUUUUAGAAGUGGGCUGUGGAGGGGGAAUUAUGUGCGAAAUGUUGUCAAAAUAUGGUGGUGAUAUCACAGGAAUUGACAUAAACAGCUAUGUUCUGGAGGUUGCUAAAGAACACCUGAAAAGCGCCGAUCCAAAGAUUACGAACAUAAACUACAUUUUACAAUCUGCAGAAGAGCACUGUUUAAGUAAUGCCGAGAAAUACGACUUGGUCGUAUUAAACACUGUCAUUCAACACGUGGUUGAGAAAGACGUACUGCUGAAAAGCUGCGUGCGCUGCCUAAAACCUGGCGGCUCAAUAUUCAUAAGUGGGUUUAGCCAAACAUGGAUCGCCUGGUUUCUGCUUGAAAUCUUAGCGGAAUGGUGGGGUACUUUACCUAAGGGUAAUUCCGAGUGGAGAAAAUUUAUUUCAAUUGGAGAUCUUGAAAACAUGAUGAAGUGGUACAAGUGCAAAUUAAUCGCUUCCAAAGGCAUAUAUCAUAAUCUCUUUACCGAUACUUGGACCAUGGGUAGAUGCCACUCAAUGUCUUAUGCUGCGCGCUUCGUCAAACAAGAAUGAAAAAAUUAUAUAUACUACCUAGGUACUCUCUAAGCACAAUAAUUAAGUGCAAAGUAAUUAAUUAAUAAAUAAUAUAGCGACAUG